AUGGUAGGGGAACAAGGUGGAAGAGAUGAAUUUAUAAGCGAAGGCUUUCACUAUUGGAGUAAAAAAGACUCAUUCCGGAAACAUAUGGAACUUGAGAAAAGUAAUUAUGAAAUUCGAUUGCUUGCUACAAUAUGUAGUUGUAGAUUUUUAUUGAAAAAUGCAUUACCAUUUCGUGGACAUGAUGAGAUGGAAAAGUCUAAUAAUAAAGGACUUUUCAUUGAAGUAUUAUCUUUGAUUAGAGAAGAUAAUGAGAAGAUUUUUAAAGUUACUUUAGAAAAUGCACCAAAAAAUGAAAAGUUGACUUCUCCCACGAUUAAAAAAGAUAUCGUCGAUUGUUUUUCAAAAGAGAUAAUCAAGUCUAUUUGUGAUGAAAUUGGUAAAGAUAUGUUUGCUAUUUUAGUUGAUGAGUCUAGAAAUGUUUCCAAAAAAGAACAAAUGGUUAUAGUUUUGAGAUAUGUUGAUAGACUUGGGAUUGUAAAGGAAAGAUUUAUUGGAAUUGUUCGCAUGUUGGAUACAUCUUCUUUGACUCUUAAAGCCGUCAUUGAUACCAUAUUUUCUAACAAUAACUUGAGUAUGGCUUAG